AUGCAGGGAACUUCGAUUGUGCUGGCCUUUCUUUCGCUAGCCGGUUCUGCCUUUGCUAGACCAGCCCCUGCGGAGCCCGUGCCUUCACCAUCAGUUACCGCAAUUGCAUCUCUGGAGGACCGAAGCCUGAUUGGAGAUCUCCUUGGCGAUUCAAAUGGCCUCCUAGGAGAUGUUGUGGGAGAUAUCAACAACGUUCUCUCCGAAGUUGGAGUCGGCGAAGUUGUUGGAACUCAAGCAUGGAGCACUAUCUCAUCGGCCCUGGCGCAGGUUACGGCGACAACAACGCAGACCAAUGCUGCAUCUGCCAUCUCCCAGCUAUCCAGCAUCCACGCUGCUAAGCCUUCAGCCAACCUCUUUGAAUUCGUUGCUGCUGUUGCUGCAGAAGGUCUGACUGCGAACAACGUCAACGAUCUGCUUGGCUUCGUCGAUGGCUUGGCUACUGGCGAAAACAGCAUGAGCAACGUCAACAUCCAGGCCCCCAAGGACACCAUCUACCCUCGCAAGGGCAAGGACCCCAAGUACAGUGUUACCGAAUCCUCGCUCCGUUCUGCUAUCUACAUCCCACCUUCGUUCACAAACGGGAAAGUUCAGCCAGUGAUUUUGAUGCCUGACAUCUCUUUGUUGACUGGAUCAACCUACGCUGACCCUGUCUGGCUCAAUAUCCCUGGUUAUCUCUUGAAUGAUGCGCAGACAAAUGCUGAAUACGCUGCGUACGCAAUCAACUACAUCGCUAGUAUAACCGGCAAGAAGGUCUCGAUCAUUGGCUGGUCCCAGGGCAACAUCAACAUUCAGUGGGCAUUCAAGUACUUCACUUCGACCCAGAAGUCGGUCAGGAAUCACAUUGCUAUCAGCCCUGAUUAUGCUGGUACCGUCAACGCCAACCUCAUCUGCCCCGAAGGUCUCCCAUGUGAUCCGGCUGUCUUACAACAGCAAUACAAGGGAACGAGCAACUUCAUCGACCAGCUGAGGCUCAAUGGUGGCGACUCUGCGUACGUUCCUACGACUACCGUGUACAGCGGUCUAUUCGAUGAGAUCGUCGAGCCUCAGCAAGGCACAGGUGCCUCGGCAUAUCUCAACGAUGCUCGCAAAGUGGGUGUCACCAAUAAUUAUCUUCAGGGCAUCUGCAAUCCUGUCCUUCCUGCGGGUUCUUUCUACACGCAUGAAGGUGUACUCUACAAUCCCAUUGCGUUCGGCCUCGUCAAGGAUGCUUUGAUCAAUGGCGGUGCUGGCCAGACAUCCCGUCUUGAUCUCAACACCUUGUGCAACAUGUACCUCGCUGAGGGCCUGAACGUGAGCGAUUUGCUGCUUACUGAAAACGCUAUCCUGGUUGCUGCACUCGCGCUCGUUCUCUACGAGCCCAAGGUGUCUGCGGAACCCGCCAUCAAGGCUUAUGCCACCUACUGA